AUGUUUGCCUGGAUUCAUGAGAAAACUCUCUGCCUUUUCUCCCCACCAGAGCCACAAGUUAAAAAGGAAACAAAACCAGCUGCUUCUGAAAAAACACAAAUACACAAACAAGACAUAGUGAAACCUGAAAAGACUAUUUCUCAGGGUAAACCAGAGGAAAAAGUUCUCAAGCAGGCAAAAGCUGUUACAGUAGAAAAAACAGGAAAAGCUGAACAUCAACCAAAGGAAUCUCCCUCUGUUAAGACAGACAAACUGAAGCCAAGUUCAAAGGGGACAGCAGAAGUCACUCAAUCGGGAAAGAAGAAAGUUGAAAAACCUGAAAAGGAAAGUAAAGCGGUUCCAACAAGGAAAGAAAGCCUUCAUCUGCACAAUGUGACAAAAGCGGAAAAACCUGAAAAAGUAUCAAAAGAUUUUGAAGAUGUGCCAGCUGCAAAGAAAGCUAAAGAAGAAACUGAAGAUGUGUCUUCCCCAAAGAAGCAAAAAACUCCCAUCAGUUUCUUCCAAUGUGUCUAUUUGGACGGGUACAACGGCUAUGGAUUCCAGUUUCCCUUCACUCCUGUGCAGCGCCCUGGAGAGAACUCUGGCAAACCCAGUCCUUCAGGACAGAAGCAGCAAGAGUAGACA